AGCUUGGCCCCAGACCUGUCCGGGUCGGGGGUGCUGAGGAGCAGAUCAGCCCAAGGCGGCUGCCAUGCUCCGACACGGCAAGGGUAAUGGCGCCCUGGUGCCCGCGGGCGCCACGGUGGUGCUCUCAGCGCUGCUGCUGCGCCGGUGGUGGCGCAGGAAAGAACCACCCAGCUUGCAGAUGGGGCUGCCCGUGAUUGGUCCCAUCAUCCAGCUCUUGAAGGACCCCACGGAGAUCAUGAGGCUGGGCUACAAGACGAUGGGCGGAAUCUUGCAGGCCUUGCAGUUCCAAUCAUUUAAGCACACGCCGUGCUUCGCGCCCAAGUCUGACAACCCGGCAGCGACUGUGGGCCUGAAGAUCGUGAAGGUGCCUUCCAUGAUGGAAGUGCCAGAGUGCACAGACGCCGCUGGUGAUGAACCACUCGCCCAUGCCGAGGACAAGAAGGGCGGGCAUUUGGUUCAAGACAAGGUGGACUUCGACCUUCUGCGAGAGGUAUGGGAGGCAGAGGAGAAGCUCAUGGAGGCUCGGUGGCGGCGUCGCCACCGCCGCAUUUCCAACCGCCGUGCGGCGGUCGCAAGCCGGACGCGCAGCAGGCCGCGCCUGCCAAGGAGCCGUGCGAACUUUAUCGAGGACAUCGACUAGCGUGGGAGAGUGGCCGGAAGCAGGCCGAAAUUCUGGACGAGGCGGAGGCUGAAGAGCUGGCUUUGUUCAAGGAGGUCCUCACGUUCUGAGAGAAAAAGAAGCAAGUCCAGACCUCCCCAAGGGAUGGACGCCCACUGGAGGUCUGAGCACGGUUGCGAGCACGAUUCCUGCA